CAGGCCCUCUUGUGCUGAAUGAGGCACGGUCUUCCCAUAGUGCUGUUGAUUGAGUGCGGUCAGGAUGGGCCAGCAGAUCUCAGGCCAGGCGGUGAUGACCCAUCUACCUGAGAAGCUGGUGAAACAUGCAGGGCUGGUACGCGACAGCGGCUACCUCAACUACGAUGAGUUCCUGGCCAGGGUGGCAGAGCUCAAUGACGUGUAAGGCCGGCCAUGUCGUUACUGUCAAUGUAGGCCUUGUUUGCUUUGUACUUAGUCACUAGACAAAUAUAUGAUGAUACCAGGGUGGCAGAGCUCAAUGACGUGUAAGGCCGGCCAUGUUGUUACUGUCAAUGUAGGCCUUGUUUGCUUUGUACUUAGUCAUUAGACAAAUAUAUGAUGAUAUAAUAAUAAUAAUAUGCAGAUCUACAAAGAGAAUCGCAGUCUUUCCCUUUUCAUUUCCAGAUGGGGAGCUAAUUCCCCAAAGUAACAUCCAGGUCCUCCGCUGGCACUUCUUGAACAUUAUCCAAUUAUAACACUAGUUAUUAACUGACAUAAUCCAGGUUAUGAACCUUAAUCAAGAGCUAGAGCAGUAUCUCCCUGCUAGGAUUUACCCUAGUCUAUUCCCCAAUCAGUAGGCCUUGCUGCUACUGGUGUAAAUCUGGCUCUCACAGGCAGUGAGUGACUGAAACGGAGGAUAGUUAGGUGACAGUGUUAAGUUGUCAUUGUGACUGUCCUCUGAUCAUCUGUUGAGUAACAAUGUUUCUCUAUGACUGUGAACUGGACAGGACGGCUAAACUAGCAACUGGACAGCAAAAACAUCUGAUCUUUGAAGUCCAGACUGGCUCGGACACCUCUGCUCUGUGGAAAGUGGCUGUGAGGAUAGUUUGUACCAAGGUGAGAGAGGGACAAAUUAAAGUUGGUCUCUGAUGGAGACAUGUCAUUGUGAAUCAGUCUCCACUCUCACUAGUUUUUUAGGGGGCAUGUGUGUUUUUGAAACAGAAAUGAUGUGUGUGUGUGUGUGUGUUACAGUGUCUGUCGUAAGCACAUCGUGUGUGUUCAUGGCAUCUGUGUUUUUGAGACUGAAACGUGUGUGUUGUUGCCCUGUGCUCUGGCAGAUCAACAAAGAGAAUGGGAUGGUGGAGGCGUCUCGCAUCAUGAACCUGUACCAGUUCAUCCAGCUGUACCAUGACAUCACCAGCCAGGCAGCAGAGGUGCUGUCAGCAGAGGGCGCCAGCCUCGCGUCUGGAACACUCCCGUCAGGGGACUCCUGCCAGGCCAGCAUGUGGAUGGGCAGGUUAGUACUUCAGUGUGUGUGUGUGUGUGUUUCUUUCAUGUGUCUGUGUGAAGUCUUGCGUUGCCAUCCUUCCAAGUCUUGUUCCUGGAUGUGAGGAGGUCUGGAAGCUGAGGCUGGUCUGUGACUGGCUGCCAUUGUGUGUAUUCCCAUACAGGGUAAAGCAGUUGACUGAUGAGGAGGAGUGCUGUAUCUGCAUGGAUGGGAAAUCUGACCUCAUUCUGCCCUGUGCGCACAGCUUCUGUCAGAAGUGCAUUGACAAGUGGUAAGAGACACAGACACUAUCCACAAUAGGUCAUACAUACAUCUGUUGUCAUGAGGUCCAUUUUUCAUGGGUCAUUUGAGUAAUUGAGCACAUUAACAUGCCCACUAAUAAUUUGAUAUUAAACUGAUUAUAGCAAUAGUAUGGCAUUAGUCAUGUAAACGCCUAACAAUAAUUAUCUUAAGUAAGCAUAUGUCAAUUAAAACGCCUAUAUUUCUUUGCAAUCUUUCAAAUAAUUAGGACAUGUAAACCCGUUAAUCAGAGUUCCAGCUGUGUCUGCGCAUGUGCUCGCAGGAGCAGCACGAGCCUUCUUAUGCGUGAGUGAAGUGAGCUUGGUAAAAUCUAAAAGUGUGAAUAUUAGAAAUAGUUUUCAUAUACAAACUUUAUGUCCGAACUUGGGUACCGUGGCCCAGCGCUUGAAGCAAAGCCUCCUCCUCCACCCUCUCUCACUAUUCCCCACCCGCAAAAUGUCAAUCACAUCGCGCGCCCUACACUUGUCUGUCCAAUGCAUGUAAAUAACUUGCCCACUCCAUAGCAAGCUGCUCUAUCCACACUGACUGGGGAAGUCAUUUAACGUGGAGCUAAAUAUAAAAAAAAAAGAAAACGGUUUCAGAGGUUUAAAAAGGAACAGAAAGGAACGACAUAAACCAAUACAUGUUUUGGGGUUGGAACCGAUUCAGAACUUUAUUUUGCUGGUCUGAACAGUGGAACGGAAACAAAAAAAUAAUAAUGGUUCUGUUCAGAACAAAACGAUUGGAAAAUAAUUUCUGUUCCAACCCCCGCUGAAACUUUGUUGCUUAGUAUUUUUCAGUAAUUUUUUUCAUGUAUGUUUAUCUAAUUUGAUCCCUUAGCUCCUCGGAUUGGGAUGGGGGGAGGGGGGUUGUAACUUCAUUUUGUAUGUAUUCAUGUUUGCUGACAAUUAUUAUUAAUAAAUAAAAAACAUUUGAUCACCAAAGAAAUGUCUUAACUCCGUAUCAAAUAGGCUUCCCAAAAAUAAUGAGUUUGGAGGGCUAAAACUAUUAAAUAUCAAGGCAUUAAACCUCUCUCUUAAAGCUUCUAUUAUACCAAAACUGUAUCUAAAUCCAAACUGGUUUUCCAGUAGGCUACUAAGAGAGGCACAUCCGAUGUUUAAAAUGGGUCUCUUUGUUCUUAUACAUAUUAAACUAUCCAUUUCCGGUUGAUUGACAAUGGAACCCUGUUGAAAGUAUCCUCCUUAAAUGAAGCCAUGCAGAGUUCCCUACAAUUCCAAUUUCAUCCUCUAGAAGAGACGGCAUAUAAACUCAGCAAAAAAAGAAAAGUCCUCUCACUGUCAACUGCGUUUAUUUUCAGCAAACUUAACAUGUGUAAAUAUUUUUAUGAACAUAACAAGAUUCAACAAAUGAGAUCUAAACUGAACAAGUUCCACAGACAUGUGACUAACAGAAAUUGAAUAAUGUAUCCCUGAACAAAGGGGGGGUCAAAAUCAAAAGUAACAGUCAGUAUCUGGUGUGGCCACCAGCUGAAUUAAGUACUGCAGUGCAUCUCCUGCUCAUGGACUGCACCAGAUUUGCCAGUUCUUGCUGUGAGAUGUUACCCUACUCUUCCACCAAGGCACCUGCAAGUUCCCAGACAUUUCUGGGGGGAAUGGGCCUAGCCCUCACCCUUCGAUCCAACAGGUCCCAGACGUGCUCAAUGGGAUUGAGAUCUGGGCUCUUCGCUGGCCAUGGCAGAACACUGACAUUCUUGUGUUGCAGGAAAUCACGCACAGAACGAGCAGUAUGGCUGGUGGCAUUGUCAUGCUGGAGGGUCGUGUCAGGAUGAGCCUGCAGGAAGACACAUGAGGGAGGAGGAUGUCUUCCCUGUAACGCACAGCGUUGAGAUCGCCUGCAAUGACAACAAGCUCAGUCCGAUGAUGCUGUGACACACCGCCCCAGAUCAUGACGGACCCUCCACCUCCAAAUCGAUCCCGCUCCAGAGUACAGGCCUUGUUGUAACGCUCAUUCCUUCGACGAUAAACGCGAAUCCGACCAUCAACCCUGGUGAGACAAAACCGUGACUCGUCAGUGAAGAGCAUUUUUUGCCUGUCCUGUCUGGUCCAGCGACGGUGGGUUUGUGCCCAUAGGCGACGUUGUUGCCGGUGAUGUCUGGUGAGGACCUGCCUUACAACAGGCCUACAAGCUCUCAGUCCAGCCUCUCUCAGCCUAUUGCGGACAGUCUGAGCACAGAUGGAGGGAUUGUGCGUUCCUGGUGUAACUCGGGCAGUUGUUGUUUCCAUCCUGUACCUAUCCCACAGGUGUGAUGUUCGGAUGUACCGAUCCUGUGCAGGUGUUGUUGCACGUUGUCUGCCACUGCGAGGACGAUCAGCUGUCCGUCCUGUCUCCCUGUAUCGCUGUCUUAGGCGUCUCACAGUACGGACAUUGCAAUUUAUUGCCCUGGCCACAUCUGCAGUCCUCAUGCCUCCUUGCAGCAUACCUAAGGCAUGUUCACGCAGAUGAGCAGGGACCCUCGACAUCUUUCUUUUGGUGUUUUUCAGAGUCAGUAGAAAGGCCUCUUUAGUGUCCUAAGUUUUCAUAACUGUGACCUUAAUUGCCUACCGUCUGUAAGCUGUUAGUGUCUUAACGACCGUUCCACAGAUGCAUGUUAAUUAAUUGUUUAUGGUUCAUUUAACAAGCAUGGGAAACAGUGUUAAAACCCUUUACAAUGAAGAUCUGUAAAAUUAUUUGGAUUUUUACGAAUUAUCUUUGAAAGACCGGGUCCUGAAAAAGGGACGUUUCUUUUUUUUGCUGAGUUUAUAUUACAGCAAAUAAAUGGCUAAACUCCAAUCUACUGAUAGAGGAUAAACCAAUUUUCUUGGAGAGAAUGUAUAAGGAAGGUAUCAUGUUCAUGAAUGACAUUUGUAAACAACGACGGUAAAAUUGUCACACAAGCAAUUAAUGAAGGUGUAUGGAGAUGUAUGCACAAUAAGUAAGGGAUAAUCAACGAGGGGCUAUGCGUUCUCUGGAAAAUAAUGGGGAAGAUUAUUCCAUUUAAUUAAAUCUGCUUUCAUAUUGUUGAGUAAUGGAAUAAAGUUAUCUUUAUAUAUUUGUCACUUAUUAAGCAUCUUUAUUUUUUGUGGUCCACUUAAAGGAUUGCUGUAAAUCGUGAGUUUUUCUUUUUCUUAUUGCCAAUAUUUCAUUUUUUUCCAUGUACAUUUUAUAACCUGAGAUUUGAGUAUUCUGAAAAUAUUUUUAUCAAAGGGGGCAUUAUCAGGUAUAUCAGGAGAUCAUCUGCAAAUAAGUUUUGUUUAAAUGUAUGUUUACCAAUACUGAUACCUGUUACAUUUUGAGUCCUCUAUAAUUCUUACUGCAAGCGGUUCAAUUGCCAGUGCAAACAGGAGGGGAGAGAUAGGACAUCCCUGUCUUGUGCCCCUUUCUAAAGCAAUUUCUUCAGAUAAUGUAUUAUUUGAGUAUAUUUUUGCUUUAGGAUAUUUAUACAAUAAUUUUAUGAAAUGUAUUAUUUCAGCUGGAAAUUUGAAAGCUUCCAAAGUUUUGAGUAGGAACGGCCAUCCAAGACAAUCAGCCAUUAUUAUAGCCAUUGAAUUCUACCGUGCAAAUAUACCGUGUGUUAUAGGGAAAUAAUGCACGCUCUAGAAUGCCCUUCAAGCCAAUCAGAAACGAGUAUUCAACAAUGCCAUGGUAUAAAAAAAGUAUAAACUGGGUGGUUCGAGCCCUGAAUGCUGAUUGGCUGACAGCCGUCAGGAACGAAUUGCAAAAAUCUCUGAAGCUGGAGACACUUAUCUCCCUCACUAUCUUUAAGCAUCAGUUGUCAGAGCAGCUUACCGAUCACUGCACCUGUACACAGCCCAUCUGUAAUUAGCCCACACAACUACCUCAUCCCCAUAUUGUUAUUUACAUUGUUAUUUAUUUUGCUCUACUUUCACAUCAUCUUCUGCACAUCUAUCACUCUAGUGUUAAUGCUAAAUUGUAAUUAUUUUGCACUAUGGCCUAUUUAUUACCUUACCGCCAUAACUUAAUACAUUUGCACACACUGUAUAUAGAUUUUCUAUUGUGUUAUUGACUGUACGUUUUGUUUAUUCCAUAUGUAACUCUGUGUUGUUGUUGUUUUUAUCGCACUGCUUUGCUUUAUCUUGGCCAGGUCGCAGUUGUAAAUGAGAACUUGUUCUCAACUGGCUUACCUGGUUAAAUAAAGGUAAAAUAAAUAAAUAAAAAUAUCAGACUUCAUACCACGGGUAUGACAUAACAUAUAUUUUUACUGCUCUAAUUACGUUGGUAACCAGUUUAUAAUAGCAAUAAGGCACCUCGGGGGUUUAGGGUAUAUGGCCAGUAUACCACGGCUAAGGGCUGUAUCCAGGCACUCCACGUUGCGUCUUGCGUAAGAACAGCCUUUAGCCGUGAUAUAUUGGCCAUAUACCACACCCCCUCGGGCCAUAUUGCUUAAAUAACCAACUCAUCGCAGCUCUUCCACAAAUGGAAGAGGCAAUUACUUAGAAGCUAAAGGAAUGAAUUAGUUUGUCUGCCACCAAUUAAAAAGUACCGUAUAAAUGGCAUAAAAUGACCAAUAUAAAUCGUAAAAUGUAUCAGUUUCACUUACGGUCAAGAGGGUUGACAACUAUGCUUCAUAAAAUUCAAGAUAGUUGGGAACAGAUUUUCGAAGUACCAAUACCAUGACAUCGGGUUUAUGAACUGAUAUACAAAACUUAAAUUUAAGCUAUUAUAUCAAAUUCUCGCUACAAAAGAAUGCUCAGUGUACAGUCGUGGUCAAAAGUUUUGAGUGACACAAAUACUAAUUUUCACAAAGUCUGCUGUCUCAGUUUUGAUGAUGGCAAUUUGCAUAUACUCUAGAAUGUCAUGAAGAGUGAUCAGAUGAAUUGCAAUUAAUUGCAAAGUCCCUCUUUGCCAUGAAAAUGAACUUAAUCCCCAAAAAACAAUUUCACUGCAUUUCAGCCCUGCCACAAAAGGACCAGCUGCCAUCAUGUCAGUGAUUCUCUCGUUGACACAGGUGAGAGUGUUGACGAGGACAAGGCUGGAGAUCACUCUGUCAUGCUGAUUGAGUUAGAAUAACAGACUGGAAGCUUUAAAAGGAGGGUGGUGCUUGAAAUCAUUGUUCUUUCUCUGUUAACCCUGGUUACCUGCAAGGAAACAUGUGCCGUCAUCAUUGCUUUGCACAAAAAGGGCUUCACAGGCAAGGAUAUUGCUGCUAGUAAGAUUGCACCUAAAUCAACCAUUUAUCGGAUCAUCAAGAACUUCAAGGAGAGAGGUUCAAUUGUUGUGAAGAAGGCGUCAGGGCGCCUAAGAAAGUCCAGCAAGCGCCAGGACCGUCUCCUAAAGUUGAUUCAGCUGCGGGAUCGGGGCACUACCAGUACAGAGCUUGCUCUGGAAUGGCAGCAGGCAGGUGUGAGUGCAUCUGCACGCACAGUGAGGCGAAGACUUUUGGAGGAUGGCCUGGUGUCAAGAAGGGCAGCAAAGAAGCCACUUCGCUCCAGGAAAAACAUCAGGGACAGACUGAUAUUCUGCAAAAGGUACAGGGAUUGGACUGCUGAGGACUGGGGUACUCAUUUUCUCUGAUGAAUCCCCUUUCCGAUUGUUUGGGGCAUCCGGAAAACACCUUGUCCGGAGAAGACAAGGUGAGCGCUACCAUCAGUCCUGUGUCAUGCCAACAGUAAAGCAUCCUGAGACCAUUCAUGUGUGGGGUUGCUUCUCAGCCAAGGGAGUGGGCUCACUCACAAUUUUGCCUAAGAACACAGCCAUGAAUAAAGAAUGGUACCAACACAUUCUCAGAGAGCAACUUCUCUCAACCAUCCAAGAACAGUUUGGUGACGAACAAUGCCUUUUCCAGCAUGAUGGAGCACCUUGCCAUAAGGCAAAAGUGAUAACUAAGUGGCUUGGGGAACAAAACAUCAACAUUUUGGGUCCAUGGCCAGGAAACUCCCCAGACCUUAAUCCCAUUGAGAACUUGUGGUCGAUCCUCGAGGCGGGUGGACAAACAAAAACCCACAAAUUAUGCAAGAAUGGGCUGCCAUCAGUCAGGAUGUGGCCCAGAAGUUAAUUGACAGCAUGCCAGGGCGGAUUGCAGAGGUCUUGAAAAAGAAGGGUCAACACUGCAAAUAUUGCCUCUUUGCAUAAACUUAAUGUAAUUGUCAAUAAAAGCCUUUGACACUUAUGGAAUGCUUGUAAUUAUACUUCAGUAUACCAUAGUAACAUCUGACAAAAAUAUCUCAUAACACUGAAGCAGCAAACUUUGUGACGACCAAUACUUGUGUCAUUCUCAAAACUUUUGACCACGACUGUAUAUGGGUCAUUGAACAGUCAGACCGGUGCAGGCUGCCACGAGGAAACAGAAUCAAUAGAACAUCUCUUUUGGUACUGUCCAUCUGUGGCUUGUUUUUGGAGUCAGGUCUAGGAAUGGUUUGUUAUAUCAGGGUGCGGUUGGACCUGCAAACUGUAUUGUUGGGGGAUUUGAAGGAUCACUGUCAAAUGUUUAUUUAUGGGGCAUUUUCGGUAGAAAUGCUGCAGAUGGGGAGGUUCAGGUCCCUAGUGAGACACCAUGGUAGAAUGGAGGGAUGUAUUGCAAGAGGAAAUGGUAGAAUGAUUUAUUGGGAGAGAUGGGUUGAUCUGUGGCUGUUUGAAGGUUGGCAUUAAUGAGUGUUGGAAGAAAUACACUUGCACAAUAUAAAGGUUUGAGAUCCUCCAAUCAGGGGUGAGGGUGGGGAUGUGAUUGAAUGUUUUGUGUUUAGUUAUGUAUGUUUUGGUUUCACGCUGUGAGCGGUGUGUGUGCUGGUCUGGUGGUUAUGGGUGCGCUCGCUUCCAUGCCCGCCUGGGCGUCGGGUGGUGCUUGGUCCUUCCCACCCUGGGAAAAUCCCAUUGGGCCAAGGGCGGGGGCUUUGCCCUGCUGGCAUCUCUGGGGUGGGUGGGGGAAAUCGCAUCCACUGACUAGAGCACCCACUGAUAGGAACGGCCAUUUGUAUUGUCUUUGUAUUAUAUUGUUGUUUUAAUAAAUAAAAUAAUAUGGUCGCUUUGAUAACAUGUUUAUUUUGAUUGGCGAUUUUCUGCAUUCAUCAAAGUCCCUUCAGGUAGCCUAAUUUAGGCCUGAUGUCCAUUUUAAACAGGAUUAUUAGGGAAAUCGUUCUUCUUGCAAAGCAUGUAGACGUUUUAAUCAAACUACAUUUAAUCAGUGUCCAUGUAAACAUACCCAAUGAAAUGAUUUGGUUUGUUUUCAUAGGAGUGGGCAGAGCAGGAAUUGUCCGAUAUGCCGCUUGCAAGUGACCGCUGCCAAUGAGUCGUGGGUGAUGCCUGAUGCCCCUACAGAGGAGGACGUAGCUGGCUAUAUCCUCAACCUGGCUGACGAGGCAGGCCAUCCGCACAGACCUUAA